CAAAAUAAGACUUUUGGUGUUUACGACAGUUGUCGGUGAUUUCUGGCAGAUGUAGGUUACAAAAAGGUGCGGGGUUUCAUAAACCGUUGGCAGGAGUGGAGCAGACAAUUUGAGAAGGAUGUGACGAACGAGGCCUCAGUGGGAAAGAAUGAGCGAGGGAGGAGAUAAAAGAAUGGUGAGAGACCUCUCCGGGUUGUAUGAUGGAAGGACCGGGAAAGGACAGAUCCAAGUGCAGCCCUACAACGUCACCAUGGCUCAAUCAUCGUAAAACAGAAGGCUCGACCCUAUGGAAACUCAAAGACUGCUUCACGACCAAUGAUGCACCUGUCCCUUCUCAAACAGAUAAAAAGGACAAUGACAUGGACAGCAGAAACACUGUGCUGGAAUUGAAGGAUGUCCCUCCUCCCCCUCUGCACCAUGUGUUAUCAUCCCAGCAAUCCCAGCUCUUCUCUCUGGCCCCUGUCCCUUUGCCCCCUCCGUGUAUGCUUCCUCCCCAUGUUACACAUGACCCCCAUCAAAAACAGCGUCCACUGCACCAGCAACAAGAGGGGGCUAGCCCGAAAGUAAGCGCAUGCGCUCACUGUGACUACUGUAUCACAGAGGGCUAUGGGUUAUCGGAAGGUGGAGUGGUUGCAGGUAGUAGUAAAGCUGGUGUCGUCUCGGGCUACAUAGCCCCUGACUUAUUGGCAACACCCAUCUACAGCAGCGGUAGCGUUGGUAGGUCCGGACCUUGCUCCGUAGCCUCGACUGUUGAUCAGCACAAGCACAGCUGGAGCUGUGGCCCCGGCUACGCUUGUGAUUCGCAGCUCAGUUGUGGCUACAAACAUCAAAGGCCAUCUUUUGUCACCACCUCCCAGCCUGCUUCUUCAGCACAGACCCAUCCCCCCUGCUGCUCAGGGCUCCUUCACACCUACCCAGCUGCAGCUCCUCCAUGCAAUCAGCCCAGACUGUUUUCCUCCUCAGCCCCUUUGGCUCCUUCAUUUCCGCCUGUUUCUACUGUCCCUGCUCCCUUGCAUGGCUCUCGCUUGGCCUCGUCUGGCUGUUAUAUCUGUGGUGUGGACUGCGGUCCGAUGGUCAGAAGAAGCCAGAGAAGGGCAGCACUCUAUGAUCACCCUACCACUAGCACCGCCACCGCCGCCAUCACCACCACAACCACAUCAGCACGUCUCUGCUCUAAUCCUAUGCAUCUAAAUGUUGAGCACACGGUUUGUGUCAAGGGGGUGCACUACUGCCACGAGUGCCUGUUGAAGCCAAUGAAUGGUUUGGUGUCUGAAUCAGAAAAGGUGUGGCCCAAUAUUCCUCUUCCCCAAACAGCCCCUGUGUCGGUCCCCAUUUGUAAUGGCUGUGGCACCGCAUCUGAUAGUGUGCCGCUCAGCCUGGGCAAGACUAGCCAGAAGUAUGGUUCUCCAGAAAGUGGUGGCACAGAGAGCAUCCCCCCAGUGGGAGUAUUUUGGGACAUUGAGAACUGCAGCGUGCCAAGUGGACGGUCAGCCGGGGUCGUGGUCGAGCGUAUCCGUAGCCGUUUUUUCCAGGGCCACCGUGAGGCAGAGUUCAUAUGCGUCUGUGACAUCAGCAAGGAGAGUAAAGCCGUUAUUCAAGAGCUCAACAACUGCCAGGUGACUGUGGCACACAUCAAUGCAACAGCCAAGAAUGCUGCUGAUGACAAGCUUCGACAGAGCUUACGGCGCUUUGCUGAGACCCACACUGCACCCGCAACUGUGGUUCUAGUAUCAUCGGAUGUGAAUUUUGCAAGCGAGUUGAGCGACCUGCGCCAUCGCCAUGGUUUCCAAGUAAUCCUGGUCCACGGUAACCAUACGUCACAGGCCCUGCUGCAACACGCCCACUGCCAUGUGUCUUUUCAAGAAAUCACAGCUGACCUGCCGCUACGCAUGCUUGUCAAAACACAGCCCAGUUACAACCUGCUCUAUGUGCACAACCUUCCUGUCAACUGUGACAAGAGCCUGUGGAACGCUGUGAAACUCAGGCUUCGCCGCCUGUCAGACAACUGUGGGGGCAAGGUGCUGGGCAUGUCCCAGGGCACAGCUGUCCUCCGUUUUGGCAGCCCCGAGGCAGCGGCACGUGCCCGCAAGCGAAUGGAAAACGAGGACGUGUUUGGCCACCGAAUCAGCCUCUCUGUCUCUCCACGGCCCAAAGACGAUGCAAGUGUAGAGUCUGAGCUUCAGCCACAACCCCGUCACUUUACCCUGACUCAGACACUGCCCCUGCCCUAUCAAAGCGAGGGCGGGGUUUUAACGCCACCUGUAGCAACAUCCUCCUCGUCCUUUCUGCCACUGGAGAAGCCAAGGUCGCCCAGGAGGGCACGGCGAGCAACCCGCCCAUGCUCCACCCCUGGCCCAGUGCCUGAAAGGCCUUACAGCCCAAAGAGGGGUUGCUCAGGGCCUCCCGGUGGCGCUCCAGCAAAGCCCCAUCAGGAGGUGGAUAAUACAGACGACAAACCUAAGGUUGGUUUCCACCAGAUGGGUAAGGGGUGUCCAAAUGACGUUGAUGCAAGAUCAUUGGAGCAGCUGUCAAAACCUGGCUUCAGUGGAGAAUCGUUUUACAGGAGAAGAAAGGAUGGUUCAAAUCCUCGCAGUGGGACAGAGUCUCCUGUGGAACAAGGGGGCAGAGGCUUGGUUGAGUUUCAUAUAAGCACACCCUCUGCAUUCAGCAAGCUGAACCUACACAGAAGCUUCAGCCCACUUGUUUUGUCUCAGGGUUCUUGGUCUUCCAGGACUGCAUCACCCUGCCUGUCAAGCCGCUCUUCUCCCCUACUUGCUCCUUCUCGCAGCCCAUGUGCCGAAGGUCCAACUGAGCCGUUUUCAGAAGGAGCGGAAAUCCAGGUGGCCAAUCUUGACUACAGGAUGUCCCGCAAGGAAGUACAACAAACUCUACGUGACACCUUCUCCCGAUAUGGGCGGGUAAAAACAGUGGAGCUUAGUCCCCAUACAGACUAUCAACUAAAAGCCACAAUCCAGAUGCUGUCCUUGCAGCAGGCCAUCAGUGCUGUGAGCGGGCUUCAUCGCUACAAAGUGGGAAGCAAACGGAUCCAGGUGUCUCUGAUCACUGGUGGCCACAACAAAGCCUUGGCCAACCUGAGCUCAGAGAUCAUCAACAUUCUUCAGGAAGCACCUGCCAGCUGCCUUCCUCUCUUCAAGUUCAUUGAGGUCUAUGAGAAGAAAUACACUCGUAAGCUUGUGAUAAGCGAUCUCUACAAGUUACCAGAGGUAGUGGCAGUUCGGGAACAGGGCGGCUCAAGGCUUGUGUGCCUUCUGCCCGGCAGCCAAGUCCGUCAGAGCCCACUGGGAUCGUCCCAGUCACAGGAGUGCUCCUCCACAGCAAGCGGCAGCCCUGUGGUGUUUGAAGAGCUGGAGUACCAUGAACCUGUCUGCAGACAACACUACAUACAGCAAGCCUUCAGUGAGGCAGACUUUGACCCAGACUCCUACAAAAUUCCAUUUGUGGUCAUGUCUAUAAGCACUUUAGCCUCCGAAGUCCAUACUUUGCUGCAAUCACACGAAGGGACACUUCCUCUCCUCAGUUUUCCAGACUGCUAUGAAGCCAAGUUCAGCCAGCUCCAGCUGGGCAGCGAGACAAUGGAAGGCGGUGUUCCUCUGGAACACCUAAUCACGUGCGUCCCUGGUAUUACCAUCGUCACUGCUCAGAACGGCUUCAAAAUCAUCAAAUGGAUUCAUAACAAACCACCAGCGCCCAACUCUGAACCGUGGCUCCACCGAUGCAAGAGUCCAGUGGGCAACCCUCAACUUAUUCAAUUCAGCAGAGAAAUCAUUGACCUAUUCAAGUGUCAAUCAGCCUGCAUCAUACCUAUCAACAAAUUUAUUCCCUCCUACCAUCAUCAUUUUGCCAAGCAAUGCAGAGUCUCGGACUAUGGCUACUCAAAGCUGCUUGAGCUGCUGGAGGCUGUGCCACAUGUCCUACAGAUCUUGGGCAUGGGUACUAAGCGACUACUGACUCUCACUCAUCGUGCUCAAGUGAAGCGUUUCACUCAAGACCUACUCAAGCUCCUGAAAUUUCAAGCCAGUAAGCAAGUUGCCAUCAGGGACUUCAUGCAGGCAUACCAUUGGUGCUUCUCCAGAGACUGGAGUGUAACAGACUAUGGCACGUGCAACCUCACCGACCUGCUGACUGAGAUCCCAGACACCACCAUUACCAUCACACAUCUGGACACGGAUACAGUUAUCUCUGUUCCCAAGAGAGAGCGUACUGGGGAUGAAAUAGAGCGCACAAAGCAAUUUGGGAAGGAGGUUGUGGACCUACUCCGACACCAGCCACACUGCCGAAUGCCGUUCAGUAAAUUCAUCCCCACCUACCACCACCACUUUGGUCGCCAGUGUAAGCUCAGCUACUAUGGGUUCACCAAGCUCAUGGAUCUCUUUGAGGGCAUCCCCGAAGUCCUUAUGGUGUUGGAGUGCGGAGAGGAGAAGAUCCUGACACUAACAGAGGUGGAGCGCGUCAAGGCUCUGGCGGCUCAACUCGUCAGGCUGCUGCGAGCCCAGAAAAACUCCAGCCUUCCUGUGAACCAUCUGCUCACAGAGUACACCAAGACCUUUGGUUAUGGUCUACGUCUGCAGGAUUAUGACGCCUGCUCCCUGCCUGCAUUGCUGAGCAAACUCUGCCAUGUUGUUAAGGUCGUGGAUGGCACAGAAGGCCGAGAAGUUCAGCUCAUAAACAGGAAGUCUCUACGAUUGCUGACGUCACAGCUUCUGGCGCUGCUUAUGUCUCAAGAGGAUCACAUUGACAAAGGCCUCAAGGUGGAUGUGCUGAGCCUGCAGUACCAGACUGUCCACGGAGUCCCUCUCAACCCUUGUGAAUAUGGGUUUCUGUCCCUCAGCGAGCUAAUCAGGAGCCUGCCCUACCUUGUAGAGCUUUACCGCGAAGAAUGUGAUGGAGUUCAAGCUACUCGCGCCGCAAGUGAACCCGGUGAGGAGUGGGUGAGGCUGACCAGGCUUUACCAGUUUGCUCGGAAUGUACGCGCUCUGCUCCACACCUACCAUUACAACCAGAUCUUCCUGUCCGAGUUCCAAGGAGCAUAUGCAAAGUUCACUGGCCACAGCCUUGAGGCUCGCUACUAUGGAUACACCAACACUGAUGAACUGCUCAGUUCCAUUCCGCAGGUGGUCUGGAUCAAAGGGCACGGUCACAAGAGGAUUAUCGUUUUGAAGAACGAUAUGAAAGUGAAGGCAAGCGCUUCAGUCCCCAGCAGCCCCCUGUCUGAAGAAAAUGUGGCGAGCCCCAGAGACAGCCCCGCAAGCACCACACGUUCUGAAGCCCAGAGUCCAAGUGCCAACUUGGCACCACAGUCGGCGCUGCUGUCUAUGAAGUCCCCUGUCGACCUUCUCUGUGGUCCGGUACCAUCCUCCUUGCCGUCACCUCCACUCCACCCAGACCCCGUCGUCCUGCAGCAGGCGGAUCUGAUACGCUUCGAGGAGAAAACCACGCCUACGCCACAAACAUCAGAGAGUCAAGAACCCAACAUGGCAGCCGAUGCAGCGCAACCUGCAGUUAGUGAGCAUCUUCCAGCCCCGGACCCCAAGACCACUUUGUCCACUUUGGACAGUCCCGGCAGAAAAGGCCCCCGCAAUCGAAUCAAGCUAGCUGCCAACUUUGCAUUCAAAUCAGGUCUCUGAAACACAUCAGGCCCUGCCAGUUGAGCUGUUGUGCAACUCUAAGCAGAAGAGUUAAGUGGCUGCACUAAUCACGUUGCAGAGAAACUAACCCCGGAGAGUCUUUUGCUUUGCUGCUUCAUGACAUUGCAUAAUCAAACCGGCUUUUUUUUUUCUUCUUUUUGCACUCUUCUUUCACACAUUCGUUCAGUCCGUAGUUAUUCAAAAGCUUUGAUCUGUUUGCCUUUUGCAGAUUUUCUGCAGUUUGCAAAAUGUUAAACUCCUACAUUGUUACAGGAAUUUUUUUUUUGCAUCCCACAGGAAAUUAAAUGUUAUUCCCAGAUGCAAUCGGAACACUGGUGUCGAGAGAUAAUAACAAAACAUGAGUUAGAUGCCACCACGUGCAAACAUUUGAACAUUUGGAGAGAUGCCAGAGAUGAGUGGCACAACACACUUGUGUUUUAGGAUCUUAAAGUCAUUUCUCGCUUCAUAUGCUUUGACUAAAAUACAGUUUUUAGGGCUACUGAUCAUUUAUAAAGAGAACCCCUUGUUUAUACUUCAAGAUACAGAAUUUCCGUUGUAGUUGGGCCCAAAAUUUGUUUGCUCCUUUCCAAUCUCUUGAUGCUUCAAAGACCUCCAUAUCCCCCUUUUGAAGGUGGCAUAAGAGGUUGCCUCUUUGACAUCGAACAUAAUGGCCAUUGUUUGUGACGCAGUCGCUGGUACGUGUGCCCACAAGGUCAUGAGCCUGAACCGCAGGUCUCUCCGGACCAAGUGUGUGUGUGUGUGUGUGUGUCGUUGACCAAGGCUGCAGAACCUUGUAGCUGUAUUCGGUGGUUCUCCGGUGGUGUGACAUAUGCACGGUGUGCAUACACGAGUUGAUGCAUGGUGUAAGCCCAGCAGCAGCAGCAGCAGCAGCAGCAGACGAGAAAACGAGUUUCCGACCUCUCGGAUGCAAGGCCACCUGUUGCAGCCGCGACUAAAAUAUUCAAGGUUUUCAGUUUUUUUGGCUCAACCUUGUUGCUGCAGGUAGUGUCUGUGUGAUCGUGGGGGGGGGGGGGGGGUCCUUUUUUGAUGGGUCAUGGGGAAGCGGUGGAAUGCUCCAAGCUUAUUUUUUUAUGGCAGGAUAGUGGUCUUGUUAGUGGAGCAUCACAAGAGCUCCACAAGAGCUCCACAAGAGCGUAGAAUCCACAUAGAGAAGCCGCCGUGGCUCUCUGGAAUCUGCCUGGCAAUUUACAAUGGCUUGUAUUUGCCACAGCGCCAAAGGAAUGAUCAGCACCCCCCCCCCCCCCCCCUCCCCAGCCAUGCCUGGUUUUUUUACCUUACCCACGUGUGUCCGUUUUGUUCCCUUUUUUGCUGUUUUGUGGUCUGCCGGUCUGCCGCCAAAUGCUGUGGGUUUGCUAUUGAGUUGAACAUGAUACACAAGCACCAUGGAUGUCUCAAGUGGCUGUUUUUGUUCAGAGAGAAGAAAAAAAAAAAAAACAUUUGGAGAAUGGCUAAGAGCCCAUUCCAUCAGCAGGAUCCACUUGCCGUGUUUACUCGUUCAAUUUUGUCGUCACUUACACGACGAGAAUUUAAGUUUGCGUUUGGAAGUUGUGUCUCCACCUGUUGUUCACUCGCCAAAUAUGUAUACCCUCUCCUACCCUAUAGAAUACUAUGCAGCUCAAGGAAUUGACAACGACGAUGAUGAUAAUUAUAGGAGCUUUUAAUUCUCCCAAGAAAUAUCUAUUUUAAACUUUGUCUAUUUGAGUAAAGCCAAGUUCUUGCUGCUUGGUGGCAUCUAACUCACGGUUGCUUUUGUACCACUUGAAAUAUGCACUUCUGCAUAGUCGUGGUUCAUGAAAUCAUUGCGUAUGAAGUUGAAGAAAGAAACUAAUUCUUAGCCUCGUUUUCUUUUUACUAACCCACUUCGUCUUGCAAGUCAAGUUUUUUUUUUUGUUUUUUUUUUUCACCCAUUUACUCAGCAGUAUUGCAUUCACAACACGGUACUGCUUUCUCUACUUUUUCAAAAAAUUUAAACAUGCAUUUGUUUGUAAAACUGUUGCCUUGUAAUCAGUUUGUGACACCGCAACCACCGCUAAUUAAUCUGUUAUUUGUCGAAGGGACCAACAACAUUUAUGUUAAUAAACCUCACUAAGCAUCAA